UGGGGGGCCUGGAAUAGAACAUUCAAGAACAUGAAGGAAUGAAGAUACCAUCAGCACCACGAGUAAUGAUUGGAAGAAACAUCCACCAAUCAUUCAACAUCCUGGGGAAAUGACUGGACCAGGAUGAACGCAGCUAUGGACCAAUCAGAGCCCAAGAAAGCAACCAAUCCUGAAACGGAUCCAAAAUGGGCCAAUCCAGGUCUAAGGGAGGGCAUAAAAUAGGGUGUUAAGUGUUAGCAGUGGCUUUUCUGUUUGGGAAUUUGUCUAGAUACGUUGUUGCUGUCUUGGUUUGUAGCGUGGAGCACAGAGGACUAGCCUGCGUUCUCCUUUGGCUGCAGCUCAGUAUUAAUAAACAGGCCAGGCUUUAAUUCCAUCAAAAAGUCUCGAGCCUUGCUUAUAACAGUUUAAUGGGGGCUUGUCUGGGAUAUAGCCAUGACCCUAGAGUGGUCACUCAGUAGGACAGGACCGGAGUGAUGCGUCCAGCCUCGUUUUUGGCUUCCCGAACUUGGACUACGUCGGGAUUAUUGACGGGCUUGCUGGCUGUACCUGAGGCUGCAGACGAAACUACGACCAGGAGUUCAAUGGUCCUCUGAGAGGUUGCGAGGCUUCCGAUGCGUGGAUUCUGAGUACAAGAAACAGAACAUUCCCCCAGGUGCUUAGCAAAUUCGACCCCAAAAGAGAAACAGGAGAGGAAACCAGUUGACACAGAGGGAAUCUCGAAACCCUGCAACCAGGUAGCUGGUAAGAACACCAAUCCAGGGCGAGGAGAAAGGGAGGCAAGACCGGGUAGGGAAACACUUUUUGAGUAAGAGACAUGAGUUCUCUGAGUAAGAAUGACAGAGCGCCCUAUACCAGACUUCCAUGGAUUCUAGACCUCCUGAUGAUGAACACUGUGAUGGGAGAGGCUGUCCCUUGUGAUAGGUGCUACUACCCAUUAUAUGCAGGGGGUGCUCGAUCAGCCGUCCUCAGAGUGCAUACAAACCCGAGCCCCUCCUGUGUCAACACUUCACAGUCAAUGAACACAGAGGAUGGGAAAACCUAUUGGCAACUUGAAAAUAUAGGAAAACAGAAACUACUGGGAGAAUGCCCUAUGAAAGAAAAAUGGAUAUGUACAGAGAAAAACCCGGCAAACCUGGGAGGGAAUAAACAAAUUUAUGAGUCUGAUCUAAUUAAAGAGGAAGAAAUACAAGGGGUGGUUAAGAGGACUCCUGACAUCCAAUUAGUGGGAGGUAAAAAUUUGUUUCCGGAUUUGGUUGAGAAAAUCAGUCAAGAAUUUAAUGUAACAAAUUGUUUGAUUUGUGGUGAUACAAGGAUGGCAGAAAUAUGGCCAUGGGAAGGAAUACCUUUAAACCCACAGGAAAUUUUAAAGCUGUUAGACAAAGAAGAGCCAGGACCAGAUAAUAGACCAGAGGAAGAAACCUGGAGUUUGAGAUCCAAGGUGAUUGGAGAAGAAUGCUUGUGGCGAAGAGGUCCUGGGUAUACAGUAUAUGUGGGAGAGCUUCAUUGUAAAAAGUAUCUGGCAUUAGUAGAAAUUAUUUCAAACCAAUCGUCCUUGGCCAUCGAUUUACUCUCAGCCCAAUCUCGGCAAAUGAGAACAAUGAUCUAUCAGAACAGAAGUUGACUGAUGAAAGAAUUGAAAACCUCCAGGUGAUGAAAACUGAGAACCCAGAAGAAGACCAAGGCUUGGAAGCAGUGAAAGAAAUAUAUGAAAACAACCAGAAGCUGUGAAAAUUUUACCAAAUAGAUAAGAAGACUGUGUAAUAGACUAUUGAUGUGGGCUAACAGCCCAAUCAAAGUUUUAGAAGGGGGAAUUGUUAUAAGGGAUCUUUUCGUUGAACUUGGGAGGUUAAUGAAAGUUGUUAUUGUUGGAGAGUUAAUUGAUAUUAUGAUAAAAGUUAACUAUCUUUAA